UGUUCCCACGUAACGUUCUCAUUACAAAUGCGACGCAUUUACACGCACAGAAAAGUGUUUGCUAUCUAUCCUAAUCACUUUUAUCUUCUCACAAACUUAUUUCUUUAAUAAUAAUAAUAAUAGUAAUAAUACUAAUAAUAAAAACCUUGUUUAGGUUUCAUGACUUUGAUGCGAGUUUCCUGGCUGCAUUCAGCACUGAUUGAUUAGGCUACAUUUUGAGGUAAUCUGAAACUAGGAAUGCUAAAGCGCUAUUUUGUGGAGCUUGAUUUAUCAUCUGUAGUCUAUUUAACGCGGCGUAGCUUCAGCUUCCGGUUCAGUGUAAAUAUUUCAGAUAAAAGUGCCAAGUUGUUGUUUACAGUGCCAUGAAAAUUAAACUACAGCCUGUUGUACAAGCUACAGUGUUUGUAAGUUUUGCUAGCUGGAUUAGGCUGGUUUAACCCAGUACUGAAGUAAGACUGGACAUAGUUGCUAGUGUUCUGUCUAGACAGGACUGAAACAGGUUUGGCUUUUAAAGAAUUAAAAAACAAAAAAAAGUCUGAACAUGUUAAACAUGUUUGUGGUAUUCUACACAUUUAAAGCGAGGAAGUCUUUAGCCUCAGAAAUGUCUGUGUAUUUAAUGUUUGUUUAAAUUCCUGAAGGAAGGCGGUGCUACAGAACAAGCUACAGAAAAUUUGAUUUUUUCACAUUCCUGCACAUAAAACCUGUUUGUUUUUGUUUUUGUUUUUGUUUCAUCCUGCCUCACCAUGGCAUUUUGCUUAACCAGGACAUUUCUUCCAUAACAACUUUAGGCUGCACUUAGUUGACUCAAAUUACUCAAUUUACAUUGAUUACUUUAUCUACUUUGAGUACAUUUAAUCAAUAAAGAAUCUGAUCUGAGGAAAACAUCCAUUACAACAAGAAGAAAAUGUAGGCUACAAACACAAAAUCUCCACUUGCAGUAGUUAUUAACUCUAUUAGCAUGAUUUUAUCAUCUCUGUCUCUAAAUUGUAAUAGGUUUGUGUGAUCCGUGUCUUUCUCUUUAGUUCCCUCAUAUACAGUGACCUUUACAAAGAAAUAAAAUAGUCUAAUGUGGUUCUAAUCUGGUUGAGCACUAGGCUGUGGAUAAUGGGUUUUCUUGUGUAAUUCUCAUUGAGAUGACUGAGAUGUAAGGUUCUGUAUUAGAUAAGGAAGAUCUUAAUGGCUAGUGAAAAUGCACAUCAGAUGGCUUUCUUGGGUGCAUUUAAAGGAAAGGAACUAGAAACCAUUUCUAAUAAUGUGUUCUUAGGCAUGAAUUUGUUACAUCAGAGGAAACUGACAUCUCAGAAAAUACUGGAUAUGUCAGUACCUUUUAGGACUUUUUCAACAUGCUUCAUGAUCACUGCCUUGAGUAUUUGGUAAUAAGAUCUACCUUUUGUUUUUUCACUUUUACACUGAUCUCAUUGAUGUGCUAAACAGCCUGAUCUGCUGUUUUGUACAUCAUGUCUUCUUCUCUUUCAUGUAGUCCUGCUUACAGAGCCUCUGUUUUGUCUUAUGUUGAAUCAUCCUACUGCAGCCAUAAUAUAUAACCCAUUAUACUGGGGUAUAAUUUUUAUACAUGGCUGAGAUAAAGAUUAAACAUUGCUGGAAUUGAAAGCUACGCUGUACAAUUUUAAGGGCUGUGUUAAACUCAAUUUACAUUUCAUCAGCUCUCUGAAAAUUAGAUAAAAGUAAUCAAUGAAGAUGAUGAUCUGAGAAAAACAUCCGGCUUCUGAGACGGUCCCAAGCAUACUACAACUAAUAAUAAUCAACAUCAUCAUCAUCUUUGGACUGAAUGUGUUAACCAACAGCACACAGAUACAACCUUGCAUUUCCAGCAGUCAUUUUGUGCAAAAUAAACUCAAAUAUUGUGAGUGAAUUUGGAAAGAAAAAGUUGUACCACACAGGAGGAAAGGCCAGGAAGAUAUCGUUAACUUCAUCUGUCAUCUUUUCUUAUUUCUCACAUGUUUUGUUAUUGUUAUCGUAUAAUCCUACGUAAUUCCUGCCAAAACGGAAAGAUGGCUAUCUGUGAUUUCCUCUACCGCUUUCUUAUGCAGUAUUUGCAUUUUUUUGUCGUUUGCUUAGAUUCAGCCAAAUAGUGUUCACAUGUAACAACUUUCUUGGAACUAAAGCAUGCACCUGUCUUCAUUCUUGCUAUCUUUGGAGUAGUGUUGGAAGGGAGGGUGCUAUGCUGCUUUUGUGGUACCUUGUAAGUAGUAAUUUGCAAGUUGUAAUAAUGUCAUUUCCCACCUUGGCACAUUCCAUGUGUGAAGUGGGAGGGGGGCACCAUGGACGCCUCCAUAAAAGUGUGUCUUCUGUUUGCUAUGUCACAGCACAUGAAGCUCAUAAAACCCUUCUUUAACUACUCUUUUACAGUUACAGGCCUGAGUGGCUAUUGGUAUUGUUCUACUCUAGUGAACUUCAAACAUUCAUGCAACAUUUUGGACUGUAAUUGCAGUACAGCAACAACAGUGGAGUAGCUUAGCAACAAGCUAGUGGACAAUAGUGAGUGGCACUAGCAACAAGCUAACUGGCUAACAUUAGUGAUAACUCUAAUAUUGAUGAUUACCUUCUCAAAUCGCUUGAUAUUACCUUCUCAAGCGAUUAGUAUGAUCAGUGUUAUAGAUUUAACCAAGUAUCGUGUCUGUAUAUUAACUGAUCUAAAGCCAAUACUGUUAUAAACUCAUUUGAAAGUAGACAAGAGGAACAUUACACUGUUCACCGUGUGAGCGGCCAUGUUGAUUUUACAUCACUCCAUACACAGGGAAGGAACUGGUACUUGAGAUUAUUACCCCAAGUUGAUAAGUUGAUAUUCCAAGUUGACGGGGUGUUUUCUGUAGCUUUUACCAGUCGUGGACAGGGAAUUACAAGUUGCAACUUCACCUCGAACGCAACAUUACUUUUUAGCAGUUAGCAUGCUCUUGCUAACAAGGCUACAGUUAACAUAACGCAGUGUAGCUUUAACUGGAUUUUGACCUGUUGAAUGUUGCCUAGAUUGUAUCAAGGUCACAUUUGAUGGUUUCCAGUCAGGUACCUGCUGUACACAUUUUCACUUUCAUGUCUCUGUCACAGUAAUGUGUGUUUAAGCCUAACCUCAUGACUGGACAGAUUGCGUAGAUCCCUGAAUAAGACGUGCAGGCGUGAGGAAGGUAAAAAGUCAACAUAGGCUUUGAAGUAAAUAUGAUUUAAUGGAUACUGGCAUUUUGUAUAGUGCUUGUUUAAAGAUUGUUUUAUUGCCACAAAUAAACAGUUGCUUAGGUUGUAUAUGUUCUCUGAUUCAGUCCUAUGCUUGUGUUAGUUUCAAUUUGGAGCACAUUCUCCAGUUUCUUCCUUGGCAGAUUGACAUAAUAAAUUGACAUGGUCUUAUUCCUGCCUCACACCUUCGGAUAGGCUUUGGAUCCACCAGGAUAAAGCUGAAGAUAAAUGUAUUUGAGUAUUGCUAGUGAGAUCCAGAAGAGGAAAUGCUUCUGGCCAAUUAGGGCCCGCAUGCAGCCAUCAAAUGCAGAGAGGGAGCAAGCUUUUAUUUUCUCUUUUUUUUUUUUUAUUUCUCUUCAUCUGUGGGAGCGAUCGUGAGUAAUGUCUUUUUGUUUGUCUUUCAAACCAAGAAAUAUGGCCAAAGAAAGCCAGUAAUUUCAUGCAUUUCCUGUGGAUACUUGUGCGCUGCUCACUCUGAGCCUGUAAAUGGAUUGCUUACAUGUCCGCUGUUUGUGUGUACUGAUUUUAAUGAAGCCCAAAAAGCAGAUGGAGUAGUAUAGUUUAUAUUAUGACUGUGCACAUUUGUGUUUUGCUCAGUUCUGCAUGGUCCUUUUGGCCUCCUAAAUCUAAGCAGUGGACACUUCCUCAAUCAUCCCCACUUCCUGAGUAACCUCCCAUCUAAGAGCUCAUCAGAAUGGCCUUUGCCUGCUUUUUGGAACCUUUUAUUAGUGUUUGUUUACAGUCAGGAGCAGGGCUGAUGUGGAUUAGCGUGUUAUAGUCAGUAAAUUGUGUACAGCUCUUAUUUUUGUCCUAAAAAACCUCUUCCACAAGCAAUCAACCCUGUUCCCUUGUAUUUCUUUUGGAUAUCUCAUGCAUGAUGGCUUUCUAUGUUAGAUUACAAUAUCGCAAAAGAAAUCAUCUAGUCGUAGUGAAAAGAACUCAAGUCCUCGCAUUCAGCAGCCUGCGAGCUCUAAUUCCAGCCUGUGUUAAGCAAAUGGGUAUUCAUUGGUGGGUCGUACUAUGCACAAUGGAAAAAGCGAAUGAAGGUUGGUGUUUGCAGAGGAUACGGUGCCACGGCACAAUGGGAGCGACAAGCAAUUUUCUCCUCAAAUUAAGUUCAUUUCCUCCAGCACAUAGUUUCUCAUUAUUGUGUUUAAUUGCUGAAGAUGAGAUGCUUUUUCGAGGUGUGGGAGAGAGGCAUGUCUGGACAUGAGCUGCAUUGGUGUAAUGUGUGUAUCUAGAUCUGAUCUGAUCACUAACUGACACUAACUGCCUUACAGAGCCAAAGGUGAGAAGUGAUGACAUUUCUAGUCAAUGUGAUAAAAGGAAAAAAAAUCCACCUCGAGCAUAUUAAUCUUUGUAAUUGACAUGUGAUAUGUGAUUCAGUGGCAUCCAAGAUUAACUUUGUAAUGAAAAUCUGGUUUGAUGUUUAAGUAUAAUCAUUUUUUAAUGAAAUUUUUAUUAUAUUGUUUUAUAAAAUUUUCAAGUUUGGCAUGGCUACAAAGUGGGAAAAACCAUGGAUGCCUCCAAGAAAGCUUGUCUUUUUUUAUUUUUUUAAAUUUCUUUUAGCAAAAGGCUAACCAGCUAAUACUAGUGAUCAUCAGUUUAUUAUGUAUUAAUAUUCUCUGUACAGUGUUGUAGAUCUAACCAACUCAUAUGUCUAAAUGAAUCUAAAGUAAAUUCUGCUGUAAACUCAUUAGUAAUAAUGAAGUGAUAUUUUAAUUUCUGUUGAUGAUGUGAGCAGCCAUGUUGAUGUGAUAUGCUGAACUCGGGGUUGAAGAGACCGUCCCAAUUUUGCAAGUAGGAAAGCAGGAAUUCCAAGUUGAAGGGCAUUUUCUUCAUUUUUUUCCUGGCCAGAGUUCGAGAAAGCUCGAGUCCAACUCGAGUAUUAGCCCUUGCUUCAUCUCUACCUAAAGAGACUGAUGCAGCAGCGCUUUAAUCCUUUAGUCCUUCCAUCUCAUUGAUCACAUCUGCAUUGCAUUCUGGAACUUUGAGUCCAAAAUUUGCUGUCUUCUGUCCUCCUCUGUUAGAUUUCUCAUUAAUAUGACAUGCUGAAAAAGAGCUAGCAGCAGAAUCUGUCAAUGACAAUUUUUUUCUCCUGGUAAAGUCAUGGGAACUGCACAUCAGCAUGGCACACAAAUGCUAACUUCUCAAAGGAAGGAAUACGGAAAAUAGGAAAAUAAGGAAAAUAGAGCACUCACUGACACAUUAGCAAUCUAAGAACAUUAUAAAUAUUUCAGUACUAACAUAUUUAAUGUGUUUCAGUGUGGAGAUUUCCUUUAAUCCUGUGGCACAACAGCUGUUUUGGUUCUGUAAUCCAGCACACUGAGAUUUAAAUGAACUGUUGUCUGUUAGGGUAAAAUGCAAACUAUAUCUCUACAGUGAACCUUGUAGGGAAAUUACAGCCUUUAUUAAAGGUCUGCUCAUUGUAGGCUGCAGCUUUUGUCUGUCAACAUGAGGAUCAAAGAAAUGUCCAUGCUAGGAAAAGAGUGUGCCAUCACGAGAAAGCAAAGUUAGAAAAACUGCAUCAGGCACAGUGGUUGUGUUUAAGAUCAGCUGUUUGGUACAUUGCUGAGAAGCAGGGACACAUUGGUGAGAAGUGCGUGAGGAGCAAUGGCAAACACAUGUCGAGAACAGAAUGGCAACAUCUGUUGUUUUGUUUUGCCUUUGGUUUUAUCCUGCCUUCAUUUUGGCAGGAGUUUUAAAAGUUCAGCAGUAGUCACAAUAGUUAUCAUUUUUCACUCAGCCUUUUCAUGCUGCAGCUAUUCUGAGGAAACUACUGGGACUUGCAAAGUUUGCCUCACUUUGGAUUUUAAAGCACUGACAAACCUGAUAAACAUUUCAGGGAAUUCACUCAGUUGCUUUUCUUUUUCAUUUCAGUUUCACAACUUCUGAAUGUCCUCUGAUGAAGAUAAAGUUAAGAUAAUAGGAAAAUUUGAUUCAUUCUCCCUGUUAUCUGUGAGAUACGCAUUUCCUCAGACUGAAAAAUAUUUACUGAAUUACAGCAAUAACUACUGGGGUCAGGCGUGUGUACUUGCUUCCAUUGUCUGAUCUGUGCUUUGUUGUGUUUUGCUUGAUAAUGUAUCUGCACUAUUUAAAUAUGUCACUAAAUAGGCAUGUCUUAUCUUGUAGUCAGCUGUUGUGUUUGUGUUUUACAGUACCAGUGCUGGACAAUUAGUGGAAACAGUGAACUAUUACAAAUGCCCAGAAAUGUCAGGUCUUGUGGUGUCUGUGCUGGAGCGGUUUUGGAUAUAGUUUUGGCCUGCACAAUUAAUUGAAUUGAAUUACGAUCAUUUUUGGCUUUCUCAAGUAAUUAAACAUAAUCUACUUUGAUGAGCCUAAUCAUGUAUUAAUUAAUCUCCAGUAACCACUUUAUUCUGGUCAGGAUCAUAGAGCCUAUGGACACUGGACAUGAGGUAGCAAUAUACUGGAUGGAACGCCAGUCUAUCACAAGACAUCAUGAACAAACAUUCACACACUAAUUUAUUGUAGCCAGUCCACCUACUGGCAUAUUUUUGGGAGGUGAGAAGAAGCCCGAAAACACAGAGGAAACCCACAUGAUUAUAUGGAAAGAACAUGCGAAACUCCACAAACCUGAGCUCAUACUGCCUUGACGAGCUUAGCUUAAGUUAGCUAAUGUUUGAUAACAGUGUUUAUUGGUGUAUUAUGCUACAUUCGAUACACUCUGAAUUCACGUUUGGGAACUUGGGAUGGUCUCACCAGCUCUGAGUUCAGCAAGCUAUGUCAACAUGGCUGCUCAGAGUCAUGAGUAAACAGUAAACGAAGUAGCACUUCUUACAUUUAAAUGACUUCUGCUGUAUGCACAAGUAUGCACAACAGUAUUUGCUGUAGAUCUGUCAACAAACACUAAAAACACAGUUCACCAUUUUGAGGAGGAAAAUAUACUUAUAUAUCGCUUACAAAAGACAAACACGGAGUCGUCCGUGGUUUUUUUUUUUUUUUCCCACUUUGUUGCUCGAACCACGGAAUGUCAUUCUUACAAUUCAUAUUCAUAAGUCGCACUUUGAGUUUUUAUUUAUAUUAAUCAAUUAAAGGAUACUCAGUUAAUCAGGUAAAGUGCAUUAAAACUACUUUGUUCCUAAACUGACAGAACUGUGAUUUUUAAUCAUGGUAUGAUAUAUAAUCAUUAGAGACUCUAACAUCGUGAAUUUACUUUCACUUGAACACGACUGUAUCAGUGUUCAUGUGUAUACUUGUUUGAUCCACGUCAUACAUCCUGCUGCAACACUGCAUGCUGAUCGUGUCACAUGGACAAGUCUAACUCAUCUGAUCAAUCAUUAACCUUGUGGGUAGAUAAAUGUUAUCAUGCACGAAGAUUAAAGAGAAUAUCCUCAGUGACCUAUCCAGUGUGUGAGGACUUUCUGCUGACUGGUGACUCUAUUAGUGUGCUGGCUCUAAAGAGUGUGACCAGAGCCAGAAUGUGAUAAAGUAGGACAGGCUGAGGGGUGGUGGGCUUCAGUGUGUGUGUGUGUAUGUGUGUGUGUGUGUGUAUUUGAGAGAGAGAGAGGCAUAAGCUUGUGGAUGGUGCCAGCAGUGUUUUCACUCCGUCAUGUUCAGGCUUACACUCAUUCUCCUGUGCAUGAGUGACUGCUGGAAUUUCUCUCUGUGAUUUACUCCGAUACAGUUCUACCAAGUUUGUCUGCUGUCCUGUUGAAGAGCACCAUCAGAGGGAGUGAGCGAGGACAAGGAGGAUCACAAAAAUGGCGUGGUGGUGUGUGGCAGCACUCCUGAUGCUGCUGUUUGUUGCCCGCUUUCGCUGCGAUGAGCCUCACCCACAAUUUUCCUCCCCCACCAUCAUCAACACAGUGGUCCAGGACCCCCGCACAGGCCGAAUCUACCUGGGUGCCAUCGACGCCAUCUACCAGCUGAACGCUAGUUUACAGAAGGAGAGUACAGCUCAGACAGGCCCCAAGAAGGACAGCCCAAACUGCACUCCACCCAUCACUGCCCAUUGCGCCGAGGCUGUGGAAAUGCACAACGUCAACAAGCUUCUCUUGGUGAACUCGGCAAACGGCACACUGGUGGUGUGCGGCAGUAUCUUUCGUGGCAUCUGCUCCCUGCACAAUCUGAGUAACGUUGAGCAGCAAGUGUACUACAGUGACACCAAGGGAGAGAAGACAUAUGUGGCCACGCCAGACAGAUCAGUCUCCGUAGUGGGUGUGAUCUCAACCUUUACCAAAGACAAAGAGCUGAGUGUUUUCCUAGUAGGCCAAGGCUAUGGCAGCUCAGACAGUGUGAAGCUGGUGAGCACACGUCUGUUGCAAAUGAAUGGUGACAUGGACAUAUUUGAGAACAUCGUGGAGACCUCCACGGUGCAGGCAGGCCCAUACAUGCAGCGCUACCAGCACGACUUCCGCUACGCUUUCAAGCACAAUGGCCAUGUCUACUUUCUGUUCUCUCGCGCAGUGGACAUCAACGAUAACCGCAAGCUCAGCUUCGUGGCUCGUCUGUGCGAUAACGACCAGAAUUACUACUCCUACAUAGAGCUUCAGCUCAACUGCAACAUGGGCACAGACAAUGUCUACAACAAGGUGCAAGCAGCAUACCUGACCUCUCCAGGGCCAAUUCUUGCCCAAAACCUCAGCUCCAGCGGCAUUUUACCAGCAGAUGACAAGGUGCUGUUCGCUGUGUUCAGCAAAGCGGACGGCCUGGACUCAGCACUCUGCAUGUAUCCUCUUAGCAGCAUCAACCGCAGGCUCAAAGAGGCCAUGGAGUCAUGUUAUAGAGCAGAAUACGUCGACAAAAAGCCAAAAGCAGUCUCCUCACCUUACACCACCAAAAAUGAGGAGCUUUGCCUGCCCAAGAGAGAGACUAUGUAUGAGCAGUACCCUUGUGGAGCCGAGUUCUUGCCAUCUCCUUUGGCCACUACAGCCGAAUACGCUUUAAGCGCCAGCCCUGUGUACACCAGGAAAAACAUGCUAACAUCUGUGGCCGUGUCCGUGGUGAACAACAACACUGUGGCUUUCGUGGGCACUAACACGGGAGAAGUGCUUAAGAUUCAUCUGACCGGUCAUGCUGACGUGUAUGGCAAAUUUCCAGGAGACAGUACUGAUGGUCCGGUUAACAAAUCCAUGUUCUUCGACUCCAGCAUGGAUCAUCUGUACAUUACCACUCUGAAGAAGAUAACUAAGGUUCCAGUGCAGGCAUGUGAACAGAAAAAAGACUGCCACUCAUGUGUGAGUCAGAGGGAUCCAUACUGUGGGUGGUGUGUACUGGAGGGCCGAUGCACCAGAAAAAAGGAAUGCAGGCGAGGAGAAGAGAAGGACGCGUGGCUGUGGAGCCCCAACCAGAAGUGUGUAGCCAUUCAGGCUUUCGAUCCUCCCAGCCUCAGCUGCAAGAAGACCAAACAGGUGAAGAUUAAUGUCUCCCCACUCCCCAGCAUUGUAAAUGAUGAGCUGAAGUGUGUAUUUGGUAAUUUUGAAAGCAAGGCUGAGAUGAACAACCGUCAAGUUAUCUGCGCUUUACCAAAUCCAGUGGACAUUCCACCUACACCUGAGACGCAAGAUUUUGUAGCAGUGCCUGUGAAGAUCAAAGUGAACGGCAAUAUUGAGGUAACACAGGGUGAAUACAAGUUCUACAACUGUGCUGCGGUUGUGAAGAAUGCAGUAAAUACACCGUGCAUAGCAUGUGUGAUGAGUCAGUGGGGCUGCCAGUGGAACACACAGGAUCAUACAUGCAGUGACAAGGAUGACUCUGGGGAGAGCAACAUCAUUAAACAAAAUGAGCGUGACAAGUGUCCUCAGUUUGAGAACCUGGCGCCAUCACUCAUUCCUGUGGGCUUCAAAACUCCCAUCACCUUCGAGGGAAAAAAUUUGGAGAGCUACAUGGGGAAAAGGUUCCAGAUCGGCACUGAACUCAUGAAGCAGGUGGGCGAAGUGACUACUGAGGAUUCACGGUUCAAAUUUGGUGGCUAUGAGUUUGCUUAUGACAAAAAGCCAGAGGUGAACGUGUCGUUCUAUGUGAAGGAUAAGGAGACAGAAAAGAGGAUUGACAGCACACUCCAGGUGGUGCUGUAUAAUUGUUCAGUGGGCCGUGAGGACUGCAGUCUGUGUAAAAACGCAGAUACAAAGUAUGAGUGUAUAUGGUGUGACACCACACACUCCUGCAUUUAUUCUAAGCUUUGUUCAAAAGAGCUUGAGCAGUGCCCUGCUCCCACCAUCACAGAUAUCAUGCCGCGGUUCGGGCCCAGGAAGGGGCAGAUCUCGGUUACUAUAAAGGGAUCCAAUCUAGGGAUUAAAAAAGAAGACAUCAAGAGAAUCACCGUGGCAGAAGUGCCAUGUGAGCACCAGGAAGACAGAUACACAGUCUCCACUAGUAUUGUGUGUAAGAUCGGACCAUUGACUCACCCUCCGUCGGAUGUGCCCGAUCCCAGGAACCCGACUGGACCAGUAAAGGUGGAGGUAGAGGGGAAGGAAAUCAGCAUAUCCACAGUUGAAUUCACAUACAGGGACCCUGUGCCUAAGACGGUAAACCCCAUAAAAGGUCCACAAGACGGUGGGACAGUUAUCACCAUCAACGGUGAAGACCUGUACACGGCAACUAAAGAGGACAUAAGCGUCACUGUGGGAGCUGUGCCCUGUGAAGUCCUCGACUUCGGAUCCAACAUCACAUGUAAGACAGGUCCAUAUAAAAACCUUCAGGUUCCGUCGGAGCCACUCAAAGUCGAAGUGAAAUACGGCGAGAGCACCUCUGUCUUCGUGAGUGACAGCACUUUCACCUACGCCGUCAAUCCCAAGAUCACCAGCUACUCCCCUCAAGCAAGCUUCAUAUGUGGAGGCCGGAGGAUCGCAGUGGUGGGAACAGGAUUUGAUCUGGUUCAGAGAGCUGUUAUGAGAGUGCUGCCCUCUGCUGAUGAGUUCAACUUGCAUCCCAACAGUGCUGAGUUUGCACAGGAGUAUAUUAGUAAGAACGAAACCGUCCUAGAGUUCCUCUCUCCAACCGUGAAUGGUAGUCUUGAGGAUCAGUCUUUUAGGACCGUCCUUGAGCUUGACAACAUUCAGGUGAACCUGUCUGAGUUUGAGUACCACGCCGAUCCUGUGUUUACCCCGAUGACGGACAAACCCAUCAGUGCAGGAAGCAUCAUUAUUGUCUAUGGUAAAGGUUUCUCCAAGGCCAUGACUGCUCCAGAGGCGCAGGCGUUUGUUGGAGACAAGCGGUGUGUAGUGACCGCCCUGAACGAUGAUAAGCUGUUCCUGGAGGCCCCGUCCACACCUCCUAAAGCUCGCUCCAGACGCCAGCGCAGAGACACCAGUUCAGAGACCAUGGAACUGGUGAUAAAGUUUGGUCACGGAGAGUGGAAAGUGGGCACUGUGCGCUACGAGAAGAAGAGUGAGGUUCCACUAUACAUCAUCAUCCCAGUGGUUAUCCUGCCCAUGCUGCUGUUCAUUGCUGUGUCUGUGUACUGCUAUAGGCGAAAGAGCCAGCAGGCAGAGAGAGAGUAUGAAAAGGUGAAGCAUCAGCUGGAGAGUCUGGAGGAGAGUGUGAGGGAUCGCUGUAAAAAAGAGUUCACAGAUCUGAUGAUUGAGAUGGAAGACCACACCAGUGAUCUGAAUGAGGCCCGGAUUCCCUUCUUGGACUACAAGAAUUACACAAACCGGGUCUUUUUCCUUCCCUCUAAAGAUGGUGCCAAUGAUGUCAUGAUCACUGGCAAACUGGACAUCCCAGAAAACCGCAGGGCCAUUGUGGACCAGGCACUAAAUCAGUUCUCCAAUCUGCUCAACAGCAAGACCUUCCUCAUCAAUUUCAUCCGCACUUUGGAGAGCCGGCAAGAGUUUAAUGCCAGAAAUAAAGUGUACUUCGCCUCGUUGCUGACAGUGGCCCUGCAUGGGAAACUGGAGUACUACACCGACAUCAUGAGGACACUCCUGCUGGAGCUGAUGGAGGAGCAUGUGCACAGCAAAAACCCCAAACUGAUGCUCCGCAGAUCAGAGACAGUAGUUGAGAGGAUGCUAUGUAAUUGGAUGUCCAUUUGCCUCUACCAGUUUCUUAAGGACUCAGCUGGUGAACCACUCUACAAGCUUUUUAAAGCUAUAAAGCACCAGGUAGAAAAAGGCCCGGUGGAUGCUAAGCUGAAGAGGGCCAAGUACACUCUGAAUGACACGGGGCUGCUGGGCGAUGACGUGGAGUACUGUGUCCUGACUCUGCAGGUGCUGGUCCAUGGUGAGGGUCCUGAUGUAACCCUGCUGAAAGUGUUGAACUGUGACACUAUCUCCCAGGUGAAAGAGAAAAUCAUUGAACAGGUUUACAGGAACAUUCCGUAUUCCCAGAGACCGACUGUAGAGAGUGUUGCCCUGGAAUGGCGUCCCGGCUCAACAGGACAGAUUCUGUCUGAUCUAGAUUUAACCUCUCAGAAGGAGGGCAGGUGGAAACGUCUCAACACUUUGGCACAUUACAAUGUGCGAGACAAUGCCACUCUAGUUCUGUCAAGAGUUCUUCACACUCAACAGUCUUUCGAGCAGAACCAGGAGAGCCAUGAAGAAAGAAGUGCUCUGCUGGAGGAUGAUAAAGUGUUCCACCUGGUGCGGCCAACAGAUGAGCUAGAUGAAGUGUCCAAGUCCAAGAGGGGCAGCAUGAAAGACAAGGCCCCCAUUAAAACCAUCACUGAAAUCUACCUGACCAGGCUGCUGUCCAUGAAGGGCACGUUGCAGCAGUUUGUUGAUGAUUUCUUCCGCAGCGUGUUGUGUUCGGGGGCCGCGGUCCCUCCAGCUGUCAAGUACUUCUUCGACUUCCUGGAUGAGCAAGCACACAAACAUGACAACGUAGACGAGGAAACCAUCCACAUAUGGAAGACCAACAGUUUGCCCCUGAGAUUCUGGGUUAACAUCUUGAAAAACCCCCACUUCAUCUUUGACGUGCACGUAACGGAGGUAGUGGAUGCCUCGCUGUCCGUCAUCGCCCAGACUUUCAUGGACGCCUGCACUAAGACCGAGCACAAGCUGACCCCGGAGUCUCCAAGCAACAAACUUCUCUAUGCAAAAGAGAUUCCUACAUAUAAGAAGAUGGUCGAAGAUUAUUACAAAGGCAUUCGUCAGAUGGUGCCAGUGAGUGACCAAGACAUGAACACACACCUGGCUGAGAUCUCACGGUCCCACACAGACAAAUUGAACACCCAGGUUGCCCUGCACCAGCUGUAUCAGUAUGCCAGCAAGUACUACGAUGGAAUCAUCUCAUCACUAGAGGAUGACCCCGCAGCUCAGAGUAAGCAGCUGACCCUUAGACUGCAGCAGAUUGCAGCCGCACUGGAGAACAAAGUCACUGAUCUUUAGUGUCAAGUCUCCAAGCCAGAGCACAGAAGACCCACACCAACAAACCUCACUGGGUCCUAGAGAUGAAAGAACCUGUUUGAAUGAAAAGAUACAGAGGACUUGUGCAGCCUAUCACAUUACCAUCACUAGCUUGUUUCUUUUCUUUUCGGUAUGCGGCAGGAUCAGUACAGCCUGAAUGAGCUGGGUGACGCAGUAAAAAGACUGAUUAUGGCUGAAAUCCUGCCCCUUUAUGGUACAGAUGCGUCACAGCUCUUCACUGACCACUAUGAUAAUUAGUGUCCAUUUUGCAGUUCCAGUAAUAAUCAGAUUAUUCUUUCCUGUGCAGAUGAAAGUAAAGUAAUAGUAUUAUAUGUAUAUAUUUUUACACAGAAUGGAUUUAUUGUCAUUUCGGUAUCAUAGCCACUAUGUUUCCAGCUUGAGGCAAGGUCAUUGAGGUCACUUCCUAUGGAAUUUGCAUUGCUAUAGUCUCAUGGUUCAGCAUUUCUGUCUUCACGGAGUAAAGGCUUCACAGCUACUGCACCUAGCUUUUAUGUUGCCGUGGCAUCUGUUUGUGUUGUUGAUUUCCAAGACCAUGUCCACAUUUGCCCUUUGGGGAAUGCAGGGUUAGGCUAGUAUAGUUGCUAAGAGACGUUAGAUGAGGGUUAUUUUAUACAGCAAGAGGUACUCUUAGUCAUGUGUUACAGCAAAACAUAAAAACAAGUUACCAACAUAUAGCACAUAGCUAACAAGUGAUGGUUUCUUCUGAAAUGAGGGAUGACACUGAGUCUUCACUUGUCAUGUUCCAUAACCAUUCAAAAGUAUUCUUUAUAUGUAUGAUUUUUUAAAAUUUUUUAUUACAGCUGCUCACCAUACUUUUAAGUGUCUGAAGUGCCAAUUUUCAGUAACUAGAUUUUCAUAUGUUUUAUAGCACCUUUGCUUUUUAUUCAUGUGUUGUAACACAUGGGUUCCCUUCACCUGUCUGGACUGUUUUUGGCACAUGAAUCAUUUUCAUAUUUUGAACCACCAACACAAGACACAUGACAAACCUAGCCAGAACUGAAAUUUAAUGUUUAGUGUCAUCCUAAAAUUUAAAGACGACCUUUUGAACAUUUUGACCUUAGAUUGUGUCGGGGACGUUUGAAUGUUAUCUGUCUUACCAUCUUUUUUUUUUUUUUUUUUUUUUUUUUUUUUUUUUAAUAAAGGUUUUAAACGGUUUAUUCCAACUAGCUCCAAUUACGGAUGAUUAAUUUACUGAUUACAUGAAUAAUUUAGUUAAAUAAGGCCUUGAUGACCGUCGUGAAAACUGUGCAAUUCUCAGAACUGUAACUGUGGCAUUUUAGGAUUUUAGAGAUAACCAAAGUUUAAAACAGUCUUGUGCUCUUUAUGCUUACGUUUUUUUUUUUUUUCUUAAAGUGAUAUGCACCAGACCCCAGAAAGGCAGGACUCGUGUUGAGUUCUUAAAGACUGAAUGAAGGUAGUUGAUGAUUAAACUCAUUAUAAAUGAGCUUUUUUGUCUUAACAUGCGGUACUAUAUUUUACUUGUAAUUAUGUGCCCUGACUCAAAUAUGCCAUGCACUACACAUAUCAAAUCAUGUCAAUAAUGUAAAUGUGUUUUUAGUACAGGAUGACAGGAUGUCAUACUUUCACCAGACUUAAACGUUUUUCUCUGCCUCCCUCCACUUCCUGUUACAUUCCUAAUCGUAAACUUUUCUGAGUGUGCUGCCAUGUUGUGAAGCUUCUUUUCUGCCUUUCUUGACCAGAAUGUGCCUUAAUGAAAACUGAGUAAUAAUAAUCAUACAUGUGGUGAUUCGAGCUGAGUUAAAAACAGCAAUAGUGACUAGCUCUGAUUUUUGUACAAUAGCCCAUUUAUGUUCUGUGUCAUUUAUGAGAACAGAUGUGCCACUAUGGUUUACUUAAUGCUGGUAAAUGCUGUGUUUAUGAUGGUGAAGAAAAAAAUGUAUUAAAAGUAUGUUUUUGGUCUUAA